GAGGCUGACGAGCAGUGGCGGGGUGACUGUGUGUUUGGGGAAGGGGUGGGGACACGAGAGAAUCACUUUUGGUGCCCAAGCGUGUGUGCAACUUCCUGCCACCGGGGAAACAGUAAACCAACCCUCGCUUCUCCUUUCUCCACUGUGGUCUCAGGGCUGGCAGGGAGCCCCAGAUCCUCGUGGCCUCAGCCAGCUUUCCCAGCCCUACAUGGGAGGAGAGAUGCCCUGGACCAUUCUGCUGUUUGCAUCUGGCUCCUUGGCCAUUCCUGCACCAUCCAUUUUCCUGGUGCCCCCCUACCCAAGCAGCCAAGAUGAUGCCAUCUACAUCUCAUGUACAGCCCCAGAGGACUUCCUAGGGGCCAAUUUCACCCUGUUCCGAGGGGAAGAGGCAGUCCAGCUCCUGCAGGCCCCCUCAGAUCAGCCCGGCGUGACAUUCAAUGUGACUGGUGGUGGCAGUGAGGCUGCUGGGGGUGACUUCCGCUGUCAGUAUGGCGUGAUGGGUGAGCACAGCCAGCCCCAGCUGUCGGGCCUCAGCCAGUCAGUGCAGGUCUCCUUUCCAGUCCCCACCUGGAUCAUGGUGCUCUCCCUGAGCCUGGCUGGAGCCAUCCUCCUCCUCCUCGCAGGGCUGGUGGCUGUCGCCGUGGUGGUCAGGAAAGCUAAAAUAAAAAACUUACAGAAGCAAAGAGAGCGUGACUCCUGCUGGGCUCAGAUCAACUUCACCAACACAGACAUGUCCUUUGAUAACUCUCUGUUUGCCAUCUCCACGAAAAUGACUCAGGAAGACUUGGUGGCAACCCCAGAUGCACAUCUUUGCAACUCCGAGCCUCAAAAGCGGCCCACCUCUACAUCAUCCUCUCCAGAGCUCCCUGAGUUCAGCACUUUCCGGGCCUGCCAGUGAGGCCAGGAGUGAGGACCCCUUUAUCCGGUUCUCCCCGUCCCACUGCCGAAAGCUACAGAAGCUGGACAUCUACCCAGAGACUCGGCGUAGGGAGGGGUCAAGACAAGGCUUUCUAAGGAGAUGGACAGGCCAGAGGAAGGGGACUCCUGGUGUGACCUUCCUCACAGAAGACAAGAAGAAUCGGCAGGGGAGCAGCCUAGAGGCUGGAUGGAGAGCCAGAGCCCAUUUGUAGAUUCCCUGGACUGUAGAUCACCAGAGGUGUCGCCCCUGCAUCUGGACGUCCAGCUGGGCAUAGGAGGUCUACAUUCUGUACCUCUUUCCUCUGCUUCCCCAGCUGCACCUGACCUUCAGACUGGUGUUUAUAUUUUUAUAUGUUUUCUGUUGUUUCUAGAUAGGGUCUCACUGUGUGGCCCUGGCUGUCCUGGAACUCACUAUGUAGACCAGGCUGGCCUCAAACUCAGAGAUCCACCUGCCUGUCUCUAGAGUUCUGGGAUUAAAGGUGCAUACCACCAUGCCAGACUUUGGGGUGUUUUUUGCUGUUGUUUUCGAGACGGGGUUUCACUGUGUAGCCCUGUCUGUCCUGGAACUCACUAUGUAGACCAGGUUGCCUGCCUCUGCCUCUCAAGUGCUAGAAUUAAAGGCUUGCACCACUCCAGCCCAACAGGGUGUAUGUUUUUUAGUGACAGAAUUUCACUUUGUAGCUCAGGCUGGCCUUGAGAUCACAUCAUCCUGUUUCUGCCUGAGAUUAUGAGCUUGUACCAUUGGGGGUCGGGGCUUGGGAAAGGGCUGAGUGUAUGUUUAGUCCUGCUGGCACAGGUCCUGUUAAAGUAACCCUAAGGUCUCAGGUAACCUUUAAAUUUGGGAUUGCAUGACUUGGAGGUUGGGGAGGAAGGUGAAUUGGCCACGCUGGAGGUAACCAUACCACUGAACUUCAGUUAAUGUGGUGUAUGAGAAAAGUCUGGAGGUGCAGGAAGGGAAUGGAGCAUUGUGGAGACCAGGAACGUAGGAACAAAGGGGUCGUAAGGACCAGGAGUAAAUUAGAGGUCCCAAAGAGUUCACCAAAAAGUAAAUAGCGGAUGACACUGUUGAACACAGAGGCUAGCCAUUACUGGGGGAUCCGAGAGUUAGCUGGAAAGGAGAGGUCCUGGUGCAGAAGCCGAAGAAUUUCCUCAAAGACUGAAAGUUCAGUGGGAAUUGCCAAGGUCCAGAGCGGGCUCAAAGUGCUUUUCCAGCAGUGCAGCCUGGGGCGGGGCCACAGCGAGGGCGUGCUGCAAUCCGGCCCCCUCGUAGCACGGGUGCUCUUCCUACCAGGGAGAGCAGAAGGAGGUGGAGCGCCCGGCUAAGACCUGGGGGGCGGAGACUUGGCGUGGGGGCGUGGCCGAGCGCCCAGUUUGGAAACUCUUCUUUCUCCAGGCCCAGGAGCGGUCGUGCCCAGGACCCCGGCCAGGAGAUGACCGGCCUUCCUGAGGCAGAGCACCGCCCCUUGACUUACGCUUCUGCCCCGCCCUCAGAGCGCCUGCAUUUUGCGACGAACGGCGGCCCUUGUGGGGGCGGGGCCAGCCCUCGGCGGGCCGUACCCUAGCGGCCGAGCACCUACUGCCCCCGAAGCGUGUCGUUCGCUGGACGCCGGCAUAGAGGCGGAGCCCAGCCAUCGAGGGGGCGUUCCUUCUUAGUCGGGCACGGGUCCCGGACUCAAGUUCCUCUACCCUGCUUGAGCUACUCCACCGUGCUACAGAGCACGGUCGUUCGCGUGUUGCCGGCCUGGGGGCGGGGUGUGGCCCCCGGGGGCGUGGCCGAGCGGCCGAACGCUACCUCCUGACGCUUACGGUGGUACAAAGCGCCGUGGUUCACAAAACGCCGGCCCGGAGGGGCGGGGCCUCCCGGUCCUUCCGGGGGCGUGCCCGAGAGGCCAAGCACCGCCUCCUGACGCAUGCCCUGCCCAUCUCUCCGGAGCUGCUGCGCUGUGGCACAAAGCGCCGCUUCUCACGCGGCGCGGCCUCGGGGCGGAGCUUAGCACCCCUGGGGGCGUGCCAUAGCGCCAAGCACCGCCUCUCGACGUAGGGUCCUUCGCCCCGGCGUCCCGGGGAGGCUAAGCCACCUCACAAAGCAGCGACCGUUCCCGCGGGGUGGGGCCGGCCCCACCCACGUCGUGCUCGCUCUCGCCGGGCUCCCUCAGGCGCCAGCAGGUGGCGCUGCGCCACCGAGCCGGCCCGUGGCGGCGGCGGCGGCGAG